CACGGACUAUGGACGCAAUGAUUUACCUUCUGGUUGUAAUAUUAAUAAAAGCUGAACCAUGUAGAAGUUAUGCUCGAUGUUUAAGUGGGUGCAGCUGUAUUGAUGACCGUCAUGGAAGGUCACUCAUAUGUAUGGAAGAAAGCGCCUUCCGGGCCAUUCCCGACAACCUUCCAGACGAUUUGACCAAAAUACGGAUAGAAAAAUCCCACUUCACUGAAAUCCCCAGAGGAGCUUUUUCCAAAACACCCACAGUGGAAAACCUGUGGCUGAACUUUAACGAUAUCACAGUUAUAAACUCAAAAGGUCUGGAGGGUUUGGGGAACCUCACCGAGCUCCGUCUGCAGGGGAACAAGCUGCGAUCAGUACCAUGGACAGCGUUCGAGGACACACCGAACCUCAAGAUCCUGGACCUGAAGCACAACCAGCUGGACGUCCUCCCGGAGCACGCCCUCAAAUUUCUACCAGGGCUCACAUAUUUAGAUUUAUCCUUCAACCAGCUCACGGUCAUAUCGAAAGAAGUCUUCCAGAACUGGCCUCUUUACCAGAAAAUACAAAAUGCAGAGGAGCGGGAUGUCACAGCGUCCAGGACAAACGUCGUCCUGGCGCUGCACGACAAUGCCUGGCUUUGCGACUGCCGCCUGAAGGGCCUCGUGGAGUUCAUCACAUCCUUGAGUCCUCCGAUCAUACUGAUGAACUCUUACCUGAUCUGCUCAGGGCCGGACUUUAGGGCGGGCAAGUUCUUCCACGAGAUCGAGCUGCAGGCGUGCACGAAACCAGUGGUCAGCACGCCGAAGGCGAACAUGAGCCUGCCUCUGGGAUCCAACCUCACCCUGCACUGCUACGCCAAGGCGAGGCCGGACCCUGCUGUGUGGUGGACAUAUGGUCUGAAGAUAAUCAGAGGAUUUCAUGAGUCCCAAGAAAGAGUUUCCGAUGACACCAUCAGAUCCCACCUGGUGAUUCCUUCCCUUAGUGCAGCAGACCGUGGGGUCUACACCUGCACUGCCGUAAACUUCAUUGGGAACUCCUCGGUGAGCGUCCUCCUGGAUGUCAUCUCUGCUGACAGUGCCUCGUCAUCUCACGUCGCAGGCUUCCUACCUGCAUCGGACGUUGCUGAUGAAAAUGUCUUCAUUGACAUUCGCAUCGCCAAGCAGACAGUGCGUGGCAUCUCUAUUGAGUGGUUCGCCGCCCUAGAACGGCCCUCCGAGACAUGGUUUACCAUUCACUUUGGUCAAGCUGGUGAUGAUAAGAAAGAAAUGACCUACAUUGGGCCUGGAAUUCACUCCUACUCCAUCUCAGAUCUGAUGCCUGCCACAAAAUACGAAAUCUGUGUAACUCUAAAGAGCCAGAUGCCACGACCAGGCCAGUGCAUUGUGUUUGUGACAGGAACUGACAUCACAGAGAUGGAGCAGAGGGAGAAGCUAAUCCAUAUAGUGGUGAUAGUUUUAGCCAUGGUGCUGGCUGUGCCGAUAGGCAUGUACGUCUGCACCACUGACACUCGAAUUCCCUGCUAUGAGGUCAUCAUAGAGUCGUGGAAGAGACGGCAGAGAGAAAGCAACUCAUCUGGGCUGGAACGGGAAAGACAGGGCACUUUUGACAGCCUGCAGGCUGCCAGUGAUGAAGAGCUGGUCAAUAAAGAUUUCAAUGAAGACAGAAAGGCCAAGAAGGUUGUUGGAAAGGUGUGAAAGAUGACUGUUGGGUCACCAAUGCAUUUCAAGGAUUUGCGACAGUAUAGAAAAUUGACACAUGUAUAUAUCCUACCGUGUGUAUGUUUCUCUCAUCGUCAUUUAUUUGCUGAUUGAAUUUGAAUUAUGAAUUUGCAACUUUGACAAUGAUUGAAAUGGAUGGGAAUAAAUUUCUACUGUGGGGUUCUGUUGGCUGGUUUCAGUUUUUAGACAUAUUGGACAGAAGGUAGCCAGCUUCCUAAAAAUGCUUUUUAAAUGAAUGUCUUGACUAGGGUGUGUACGUGUUCGGUUCAUAUAGUGUAAUAUUUCUCUAGAUAUUUGUCUCAUAGAAUGUGUACAUAAAACAUCUGGCUGUGGUUUUAUUGAAACAUUUUAUGUUUGUCUUCCUUUUGCCAAAACCUUCCUUCCUUUUGCAAUAAACCAAGAAUGG